GACUAACAUAUAAUGUAAAAAUAUUAAUGUACAAAUGUAUCCAGUAUGGCAAAAUAUCAAUACAUCUCAAUGCAGGAUUCUGCUUUUUGGGCCUCCUUGCGCCCUCUAGAGGAACAUAACUCCUUGUCUGCUAUUAAAUAGUAACAUUUGGGAGCAUUACACACCCGUGCGCACUGCAGUCCAUUACAACAGCCUCUACAUGCUGGGACGAAGCCUAACAUGAUAUGUUAGUUAAUUGAACAGGACCUCAUUGCAAGGAUACUCAUAUCUGGAUUUGGAGAGUGCCAUUUUAAGUUCUGUACUGGAUGGAGCCGAUUUGCGCCAUGGGAGUUGCUGCUCGUUUGAGGAGCGAAUGGGAUCGAAAUGAUGGACUGGGUCAAAACAAUAUGGCCCUAAAGUUCUUGGGCCAAGAUUUUGAAACCUUGCGUGCCCGUUGCCUUCAGAGUGGAUGUCUUUUUGAGGAUGAAACAUUCCCAGCCCAGCAGUCUUCUUUAGGAUUCAAGGAGUUGGGGCCUGGCUCUGCAAAAACCAAAGGUGUUCGCUGGAUGAGGCCCACGGAGUUCUGCACUGACCCACACUUUAUUGUAGAUGGGGCCACACGCACAGACAUCUGCCAAGGAGCUCUAGGUGAUUGUUGGCUGCUGGCAGCCAUCGCGUGCCUUACCCUCAAUGAACCCUUGCUGCAUCGGGUAGUGCCUCAUGGCCAAAGCUUCCAUCAGCAAUAUGCAGGAAUCUUUCACUUCCAGUUUUGGCAGUUCGGGGACUGGGUGGAUGUGGUGAUUGAUGACCGGCUGCCUGUCAGAGACGGGAAGCUACUUUUCGUCCACUCAGCUGAGGGAGCAGAGUUCUGGAGCGCCCUGGUGGAGAAGGCAUAUGCAAAGUUGAACGGCUGCUACGAGGCUCUGUCAGGAGGCUGUACGUCUGAGGGGUUUGAGGACUUCACUGGUGGAGUGACAGAGAUGUAUGAGCUGAAAAAAGCUCCACCCAACCUCUACAGCAUCAUCAGAAGAGCUGUGGAGAGAGGCUCCCUGAUGGGCUGCUCUAUAGAUAUUACGAGUUUCUUUGACAUGGAGGCGAUCACCUUUAAAAAACUAGUGAAAGGCCACGCAUACUCCAUUACUGGAGUGGAGGAGGUGGAGUAUAGAGGGAAGCUCACAAAGCUGUUGCGCAUCAGAAACCCUUGGGGAGAGGUGGAGUGGAUGGGACCCUGGAGUGAUGAGUCAAGGGAAUGGUGUGAAAUUGACCCAUCUGUAAAGUCUCUUAUGAUGUCAUUCAGUGACUUCAUGCGAGAGUUCAGCAGACUAGAGAUCUGUAACCUGACGCCGGAUGCGCUACAGAGCAGCAAGGUGAAGAAGUGGAACACAUCCCUGUAUCCUGGUGAAUGGAGAAGAGGAAGCACUGCUGGCGGCUGCAGGAAUUAUCCAGCAACAUUUUGGAUCAAUCCCCAGUUUAAAGUAGUCUUGAAGGAACCAGAUACUGAGAGUCAAGAAGACUGCACUUUUCUAGUGGCCCUGAUGCAGAAGAAUCGCAGGAAGUUACGUCGGGAGGGCAAAGACAUGGAAACGAUUGGAUUUGCCGUUUAUGAGGUAGAAAAACAGUAUCUGGGCCGGGUGGGUGUGCAUCUGAAGCGUGAUUUCUUCCUCACCCACACGUCCAGCGCUCGCUCUGAGCUCUUCAUCAACCUUCGAGAGGUGAGCUCGCGUUUCUGCCUGCCAGCGGGGGAGUAUAUCAUCGUCCCUUCCACCUUUGAGCCCCAGAAAGAAGGAGACUUUGUGCUGAGGGUCUUCUCAGAAAAGGCUGCUGACUCUCAGAGGAGGUUUUUUUUGUUGGAGUAUUGUGGAAUGAUGUCUUAUGAAAUGCGUCUGGCGCUAGAAUCAGCAGGCUUCAAGUUGACCAACAACUUGUUCCAGCUGAUAAUCCUGCGCUAUGCAAAGCCAGACAUGAAUGUGGACUUUGACAGCUUUGUGUCCUGUCUGAUCCGCCUGGAGACUAUGUUCAAAACUUUUAAAGCAAUGGACGCUGAUGAAGAUGGAUUGGUAUCCUUCAGCUUCACCCAGUGGAUCACCCUCACUAUGUUUACUUAGAUGGAUGUUCCUCUUCCUCUGUCCUUCCUUCCUCUGCCUCCUGUAUCCUCAUUAGUAUUUACAAAGUGGGUACCUGACUGGCAAUAAGGAACUCAUACUAUCAGCUAUAUGACACGAUUUAGUUUUCAUACAGCAUAAAAGGAAAGGAAAGCAAACACUGAGAUGCAACAUUCAACUGGAUAUACUCAGAAAAAGCAGUGCUUAUGCUAUAUUUCAAAAGUUUGGGAUCAGAAAGAUUUUUUUUAAAAUAUGAUAAUACUUCUAUUCAGUAAGGAUGCCUUAAACCGAUCAAAAGUGAUAGUGAUAAUUUCAAAUAAAUGCCGUUCUUUUAAACUUUACAUUAAUCAAAGAAUCCUGCAAACACUGAGAAUAAUACAAGCACCAAAUUCCUUGAUCACCAAAUCAGCAUAAUAUGACUGAUUUCUAACAGCUGCUGAUAAUUCUGCUUUGAUAUCACAUGAAAACAUUACAUUUUUAACAAAUUUUUAAAAAGAAAACUUCUUUCGCAUUUUAAUAUUAUUUCACUAUAACAGUUUUUACUGUAUUUUUUAUCAAGUAAAUGCAGCCUUGAUAAGCAUGAGACUUUUUUCAAAAACACUUAAAAAAUCCUUCUGCCCCAAAACUUUUGAAUUGUAGUGUAUAUAAAGUUUACAUGCAUGCAAACAGUAUUUUGACAAAAAAAUAUAUAUAUAUUUGAGCGCAAGAACAGUUGAACGUAUGUCACUGUAGUGUAGAAAAAUACUGUGAAUCUGUGAAAGAGAGAGAACUGAACUUUCUCUAAGCUCUGCCCCUUCUGGAUACUAAUGCUCGCUCAGAUGAGCUUUUUUCUUGUAAAAAUACGGUGCGCACCCUCUUUGGGUCAACAUGUCACUUAUAUUACC